UGCUUCCGGAAGGCGUUGUCGUCGCAUCAUUGAAUCGUUUUCGCUUCUCUGCAUCUCAUCCACGCUGUUUCCUUCAACACACUGCGCGUUUUCCUUUGACUUGUUUAUGAGCUUGCGUCGAGCCGUUUUCUCCUCUAAUUAAUUUAUUUAUAAUUAAUUUAACAAGCGAACUUCUGGGAUUACGGGAACUCUUUCAAGUGCUGCGUGAAGAAAAGACUUUACUACGCAAACGGUACUAAACAGACGUUUGUUAUCAAGCUGACGUCAUCAUCAUUUCUCAAAUCGCUACCAAGCUGACAUCCUCGAGCAGGGGGAUUUACAUGGUCAUCACACAUCUACCUAAACACAAUUUUUACUGUCUUACUGAUUUAAUAACCCCCCAAAUUCCCAGAGAGUCAUGAGCUCAAACAGGAGACCUGCCCGGGUUCGGAAAGAUUCCGACUCCGGUUCUUCUUCGGGUCGUGACCAGCCCGCACCGGGCACGGAUGAGGGCACCGGUCUCCUUGCCAAGCUGAUGGAGCUGCCGGUAUCUCGACUGUCACGGCAGCAGCUGAAAAGAUUAGAGGAUCAUAAAUACAGCAGUGCGGGUCAAUCUUUUCUGGAGUCUCGCAUGCAGGGAUACUGGUGCUGGCUAGUGAACAAAGUGCCUCUGUGGAUGGCUCCAAAUCUCAUCACUAUAGUGGGACUUGCUACUAACAUCCUCACCACUUUGAUACUGGUGUAUUACUGCCCUACCGCCACCGAACAGGCACCUACGUGGGCAUACUUAGCCUGUGCUCUGGGUUUGUUCAUCUACCAAUCAUUAGAUGCCAUAGAUGGGAAGCAGGCGCGACGGACCAAUAGCAGCACGGCUCUUGGCGAGCUUUUUGACCAUGGCUGUGACUCCCUUUCUACAGUGUUUGUGGUUCUGGGCACAUGUAUAGCAGUGCAGAUGGGUACUCACCCCGACUGGAUGUUUUUCUGCUGUUUUGCUGGCAUCUUCAUGUUUUAUUGUGCCCACUGGCAGACGUAUGUUUCUGGAACGCUGCGCUUUGGCAUAAUUGACGUGACCGAGGUUCAAAUCUUCUUUAUAUUGUUGUACUUACUGGCUGCCGUUGGAGGGACAGAUUUUUGGGAGUUUGUGGUCCCUGUCAUAAAUAUCCAGAUGAAAAUAAUCCCUGCUUUUUUCACCUUGGCGGGAGCCGUGUUCUCCUCCACAAACUACUUCCAUGUUAUAUUCACAGGUGGAAUGGGCAAAAACGGAUCCACUAUUGCAGGAACAAGCGUGCUCUCUCCAUCCUUUCAUAUAGGAGUGGUCAUCACUCUUGCUCUUAUGAUCUAUAAGAAGUCUUCAGAGCAGCUCUUUGAGAAACAUCCCUGCCUGUACGUCUUGGCAUUCGGGUGUGUCUCAGCCAAACUCACCAAUAGACUUGUGGUCGCUCAUAUGACCAAAAGUGAAAUGCAGCGUAAUGAUUUGGCCUUCGUUGGACCCGCGCUGCUGUUUCUGAAUCAAUACUUCAACAGUUUUAUUAAUGAAUACUGUCUGCUGUGGGUCGCUUUGGCGCUGUCAGCAUUUGAUCUGGUGCGGUACUGUGUGAGUGUAUGUAACCAGAUCGCCGCACACUUAAACAUCUGUGUCUUCACCAUCCGACCUCCAUCCUCAGUUCUGACAGACAGCAGAAAUCACCACUAACCUCACUUCAGUAGGUCACGCACUUCAGUGAAUGUAAAACACAACCCAGGUGGUGCCCGAAUGGCUGAAGUUACAAUACGAGUCAUUAAAAUGGAGGUUUUCAUGAUUGAAGAACAUAAUGAAGGCAGAAAGGGAAUUGUUACGAGUAUAUUAUUAUUUCAUCUGUAGUUCUUCCUAUUAGGAUUUUAUUGCCUAGUUUUGUCUCCGUGGUUUGUGAGGAUGCGUGCAACUGUAAAAUGUUCAAAGAUUUACGUUACAGUUUUAAUGUAUGUUUUUAAAUGGACCAAUUUUUGCAUUUGAAAGUUCUUCUUCUUUUUUUUCCGUGUUUAAUUUAAAACAGCUAACACUUCAAUGUGUUAAGACAUCAUUUCAGCACGUUAUAUUGUAGGUGUGAAUUAAUCUUUAUUUAUCGUUUUACACUGUUACCUAAAAUCUUGCCAGUACGAAGCAGUGUUGUUUUCUGAAUAAAAAACGAACCGACGGUCAGACAAAUGAGAGAUGACAUCAAAACUGAUUUUAACAGGAGGAAAUCUUAUGACAAGCAGUUUCCAUCAUAAUGUCAGAAGUGCAAAUCCUAAAUUAUACAAAUCGAAUUCAUAAGCUACUUCAGAGUCAGUAUAUACAUCUAUACAGUAUAAACCUAUCAGUUUUCUCACUAUGCAUAUGUAGCUUCUAGUGUUUUGUAGGGAAUUAUAAUUGUUUAACUAUGUCUAUGUUACACGAUGAGAAAAACGCAUUAGAAAAGUAUUUCGAUAGUGCCGAACUUUUCGUAAUAAUAACUGGGCAGGUCAAAAAUAGUUAGGUGUUUAACACUGUACAUAAUAUAAUUUGCUUAAUUACGGAUUACAAACCUCAAAAUCAGUAUUUGUGGUCAAAAUUAAUAAUCGUGAUAUCCUGUGCUAGUUUAUUUCUGUGCCUUUUCUUUCUCACUGUUGGUAAAUUUCUCUAUGCACAGUAAAAUUCGAUUUUUUUUAACUCGAGUCGAUGUUGUAAUUUGCGUUUUGUUUGGAAGUGAAUUUUGUUUAUAGCAUCGUAAUCGACAAAGAUGCAAUUUCUCACUCCUGCGUGUUGCGUUAAAGUAAUCGAUUGUGUAAACUAACAUUACUCGUAACAAUGAUUUAAUUUUAGGGCUGCAAAACGAUUAAUCGCAACUAAUCGUUUGCAGAAUAAAAGUUUUUGUUUACAUCAUAUGUGUGUGUGUACAGUGUAUAAUAAUUAUGUAUAAUGCACACACAUGUAUGUAUAUAUUUAAGAAAUAUUUACAUGUGUAUAUACAUUUUUGGAUUUAUAUAUAAUUUAUAUUAUAUAUAAAUAUAAAUACUUGAUAUAUAAAUAUAUAUUUUUUUUUCUUAAAAUUAUACAUGCAUCUGUGUGUAUUUAUAUAUACAUAAUUAUUAUACACUAUAUAAACACACAGGUGAUGUAAACAAAAACUUUUAUUUUGCAAACGAUUAGUUGCGAUUAAUCGUUAAGCAGCACAAUUUCAUUUAUUGGUAACACUUUAAAAAAGGUUUUAUUUAAAAUAAUUGGCUAACAUAAACAAUAUAUUUUUCAUGAUUUAUUAGUGUUUGUUAAUGCCAAGUUAAUUAUGUUAGUUCAUUGUGCAUUAACUAAUGUUUAAAAAUGUAUUCGUUAAAUUAUAAUAAAUAAUGUCGAAGUAUUGCUCAUUGUUAGUUCAUGUUAGCGAAUGCUUUAAAAGCAAAUGUUAACAAAUACUACCUGGUUGCAAAGUGUUACCCAUUUAUUUAUCCCAUAUGUUUAUUUUUUUACCUUCGUACUUUUUCCGAUGAAAACUGUGCUGUUUAAAAAGAGUAAUAUUGCAGAUCAGUCGAGGUUAACCGUACAGUUACGCAUUGUGUGCUUCCAAGGGUACUUUUUUUCUCUGGGUUUGUGAAACUCUUUACUGGAAAUGUUUUGUGAAUGUUAUUUAAGUAUUUUUUUGUUGUAACGCCAUCCGAUCACUCUAGGCUAACCAAAGCAGCAAUACACACACACACACACACACACACACACACACAGUUAAAAUGAUGCAAACGAUGUCUUUCAGUUGUACUUUUGUUGUUAUGUUGAUUUACUGCAAACAACUUUUUAAUUGACUAAUGGACAUUAAAUAAAGAUUGUUAUAUUUAUGGUAACAGA